CCGCCGAAGAAGCGGCAAAAGGCGGACGGCGGGGACGCGGGGGACCCGGGGGCGGUCCCAGAGCCGGUCCCGGAGCCGGUCUCGGAGCCAGCCUCGGAGCCCACGCCCAGUCCGCUCAGUCUGUGCAGCGCGGAGAGCCGCGAAGAGGCGCCAGGGCCGGGCGCCCUGGUCGGAAGGCCCACAGAGGAGGUCCCGUCCCCCGCCCCCGGCUUGGUCCUCGGAGGCUUCGGGCGAACCAGGACGCCGAAGGUCCAGCCUUUUCUGCCAGCUUGGCUGGCCAAGCCCAGCUGUGUGGGGAAGAGUGUCACCGAAGGCCUGGUGCCUGUGGCAGACAUCCCCGAAGUGCACCCUGAGCUGCAGAAGAAGCUGCGGGCACAGGGCAUCUCAUUCUACUUUCCAGUCCAGGCAGCAGUGAUCCCUGUGCUCCUGCAGACUGCAGCCAGCGGGUUUCUGGUGGGCAGGGGCGGCUACCGGCCCAGCGACCUCUGUGUUUCUGCCCCAACUGGCAGUGGGAAGACACUUACCUUUGUCCUCCCUGUGGUACAGGCCCUGCUGCCUCGUGCUGUGUGCCAGGUCCGUGCCCUGGUGGUGCUGCCUACCAAGGAGCUGGCCCAGCAGGUAAGCAAAGUCUUCAAUAUCUACACGGAUGCCACUCCUCUGCGGGUUGCCCUGGUCACUGGACAGAAGUCACUGGCCAAGGAGCAGGAGAGCCUCGUCCAGAAGACAGUGGAUGGCUUCCGUUGCCUGGCAGACAUCGUGGUGGCCACACCAGGUCGCCUGGUGGACCACAUCGACCAGACCCCAGGAUUCAGCCUCCAGCAGCUUCGCUUCUUGAUCAUCGAUGAAGCUGACCGCAUGCUUGACAGCAUGCACCAGUCCUGGCUGCCGCGGGUGGUAGCAGCAGCCUUCCCAAGUACGGGUACCAAGGAUCCCCUGGCUCUGCUCCAGCGAAGGCAGACCCCAACUGUGACUGCUGCCAGCACUUGCCACCCCCAGAUGCCCCUGCAGAAGCUGCUUUUCUCGGCUACGCUAACCCAGAACCCUGAGAAACUGCAGCAGCUUGGCCUCUACCAACCUCGGCUCUUCUCUGCUGGCCUGGCACACAGCGGCCCCAGAGACACAGGGGAUGAGGACCUGGGAGGGAAGUAUGCCUUCCCCACAGGGCUCAUGCAUCACUAUGUGCCUUGUCGUCUGCGCUUCAAGCCACUGGUCAUCUUGCACCUGAUCCUGGAGAUGAACUUCUCAAGGGUCCUCUGCUUUACCAACUCUCGUGAGAAUUCCCACAGGCUCUUCCUGCUUGUCCAGGCUUUCGGGGGUGUGACAGUGGCUGAAUUCUCCUCCCGCUACGGGCCUGGCCAGAGGAAAGCUAUCUUGAAGCAGUUUGAGCAGGGGAAGAUCCGGCUCCUCAUCAGCACAGACGCAGUGGCCCGUGGCAUCGACGUGCAAGGUGUGCAACUGGUGAUCAACUAUGAUGCGCCUCAAUAUCUGCGGACCUACGUGCAUCGGGUUGGACGGACAGCACGUGCUGGGAAGAGUGGACAAGCCUUCACACUGCUCCUAAAAGUGCAGGAGAGGCGGUUUCUCCGGAUGCUGGCAGAAGCUGGGGUGCCUGAGCUGGAGCGCCACGAGGUCCCCAGCCACUGCCUACAGCCGCUGGCCCCUCAGUAUGAGGUGGCCCUGGCCCAGCUGGAGCAGGCUGUCAAGGAGGAGCGAAGUCUGAAGGCAGCCUAGAUGGGCUCAGAGCACAGGCGGCCAGGACGGAGCUGGCCUGCAUCCCAAGGAGCGGCGCCUGUCUUAGCCUGCAGGAAAGCCCCAUGUGCCGGACACUGGCUGAGCGAGCAGACUGCAGUCUCUUGGUUCCAGAGGUGGAAGGCUCACCUUCUAGGCCCUGCCAGAUGGGUGAUGGGAGGGUCAGCCUCUAGCAGGGCUGUGCUUUCUAGUCAGCACCAUCCCAGGGCUGGCGGAUAUCACUGUGGGGUUAGCUGUAGUGGGGUCAACUUGAUCUGCUGACCUCCCUGGUGACGGUGUCCAUGUUCUGCAUUUGAAGGGCGGCCCCCGGCUGACCCACAUGCUCCUUGUCCUUCCUGUGUGCCCUCACGGGCGUGGUGUUACUGAACUGAGGGCCCAGCUGUGGGAUCCCGUCACCCUAGGGUGUCUUCAUCAUGGUGGGCGACAUGGGCUCAGGGCCUCCACUGCUGAUGUUACGCAGGUGCCUUCAGAACUCAUGUGAGAACAUUAAAUAAAAUACACUCAGAAACAGGCAGGAACCCAACACUUGCUCUCUGCCUGGAGGAUGUCGCCUGCCCUGUUGAAGGAACAGAAACACUGCGGCAUGGCCUGAGCAGAUGUGGCUGGUUGUCCAUGGGGUCUUCCUGUGGGUCCAGGGGCUGCUGGCCUUGUGGCCCCUAGAGCCUGUGGAGCUGGGGUGCCCUUACUGCCCUCAUGCCUAAGUGCUUCUCUCUCAGGUGGGCCAGGGGCUCAGCAUCACCGUGCUCCUGCCCUCUCCCCUGCCUGGGUCGCUGCUGCCUGUGGGGAUGGUCACUGCUACCACUCUGCCACCCAGGAUGUGCCCAGGCCUGCUGUUGGCAGUGAGGCCUGUGCUGUGGGCAGGCAUGUGGUGGGCCUCUGGGGUAUGUGUCAGCUGUAUAUUGGUGGGUUGGGUGCACCCUGCAACUGGUGAUACCCUGCUGGCAACUCCUCCCCUAUGGGACCGUCCCUGGGUCCCAGAGUGGGACUCUUAGGCCCUAGCUGCAAACCAGCCACUGCCACUGAGUUACAUGGGAGGGGAUGAAUUGCAGGCUGCAGAGGUCAGGCCCUAUGCUGGGAUGGGAGUGCAGGGCAAGCAGUCCCUGGCUGUCCUCCAAGUCAGACAUGGCUGCAGUGGGUAUCUGGCGCAGCCGGUUGUGAGUGGACGGGGGUGGUGGGUGGGGUGGGGAAGCCAGCGUUGGCACCCUGUGUGGGGUGGGCACCACGUGGCUGGCGUGGGCCAGGAGCUGCUAGGACAAGGAUGCUGCUCCAGCUGGAAAGCUGAUUACAGAUGUGAGCUGUCCCUGCAUGUCUGCACUCCCCCCUCCCCCAGGCACACUGGUGUCCAAGGUCAGGAGAUGGUGGGUUCAAUGACAACAGCCAAGUCGUUGUUGACAAUGACUGACCGUGGUGAUAGCCACCCAGGGCACAGGACCCCAAGCUUGCCAGGGAAUCCCGAGUUAGGUGGGCAGGGAAUACCAGGGCAGGGCUGUGGCUCUGGGGACCACAUGGCACAGCUGGGAGAACCAGGUCAGGCAUUGUCUUGACCCCCCACUCAUGCGCCUGUCACCUACAAAGCAGAACAUGCUUGUUGGAAAGACCAGUCCUGCAUGAGACACACUAUCAUGGGACCUAGGACCUGAAAAUAAACAGCAAAAACAAAUGCCAGGGUGA